AUGUUGGAAAAUCAAAUGUUGUAAUUUUUGAAUUCAGACUUUUAACAAUUUACAUAAUAAGACAAGUAGGAUAAGCAAGAUGAGAAUACAGAGACUGAAGUUCCAAACAACUCCCAAAGACAAAUGAGAGUUAAGAGUUUUGAGGAAAAGCCUGCCAACAAACCAUUGAAUCUAAUAUUUUAAAUGUUGCUGCAGAAGAAAACAUAAAAAAGAUAAUAAAUCAAGGUUGAUCCAAAGUCAAUCCCUCUGUCUAUCAAUCUCUCUGUUUAGGUGUAAGAAUUACCAAUUAUUCGUAAAAUCAUGGAAAAGAAUGAAUGGAAAAAGGCUCAUAAUUUUGAUGGAGAUAUAUUAUGGUGUGGUCCUGAUAAUGUACAACAGGCCAAACAAUUUACUUACGAUUUCGCAAUGGUCUUUAUGAAUUAAUGCAUCAGUAGAAUUCCUGGAGCUAAACUUAUCUCUACAAAAAAGGAGACAACGUCAAUCAUGGACAAAAUGAGAUAAUAUUUUCCGUCUAUUUAUAAUUUUUAUCCAAAAACAUACACCAUGCCUGAGGAUUUACAUGAAUUCAUCGAGGAUUUUGAAAAAAAGGAUGGCAUCUCCUACAUUGCCAAGCCUGACAAAGGAACUCAGGGUCAAGGCAUAUUCAUAGUCAGUUAGAUAGAAGAUUUUAAUGGAAUUGCCAUAAUUAGGAACUAUAUUAUAUAAGAGUAUAUAAGCAAUCCCCUACUUUUGGAUGACAAGAAAUUCGAUUUUCGACUGUAUGUGUUGAUUACCUCACUGAAACCCUUAAUCGCCUACAUAAACGAAGAAGGCUUAGCGAGAUUGUGCACUGAAAAUUAUUAGGACAUCACAUCAAGUAAUCUCUCAAAUGUUUAUAUGCAUCUAACAAAUUAUUCUUUAAAUAAAAAUAGUCAAAAUUUCAUUAUUCAUCCUCCAGAUUUCCAAAAAAUAAAUCUUGGAACUAAAAGAACUUAUACAUCAGCCAAAAAAACAUUGAUGAAGAUGGGCAUUGAUGUCCCUAAGUUAAAAUUGAGAAUUGAACAAACCAUCGUAAGAUUCUUAUAUGGAAUUGCUCCCUUCUUAUUAAAUUCGACUCGAGAAAUCUAUCAAGACAAGUGGGAAAAGGCCAAUUGUUUCCAUGUCAUUGGCUUUGAUAUUCUAAUUGACAGAGAUCUAAAACCAUGGAUUAUUGAGAUUAAUGCCAAUCCCAGUUUAGAGAUUACUCAAGUAGUAUAAAAUUCAAAUGGAAGCAAAAGAGUGGAGACCAGCUCAUUGGAUGCCUAUGUUAAAACUAAGGUCAUUGAAGAUGCAUUUAUUAUUGCAGUUAAAACACCAUAAGAACAGAUUGAGUAAAUUGGUAAGGGGAAGUAUUGCAACAGUUAUAAGAUGAUUAUUGAUGGAUAGCCACCAAUUGAGAAUUUAGAUUUGUUCUAUAAAUUGGUUGAUCUUUUCAGCAACCUUUGCGGCUUGAGAUAUGGCAACUUGAAUUAAAUGAGAUUUUGCAGAUUAGCUAACAAUCCUCAAUUAGUUAAUGAUUUACUAAUCAAAUCAGAUUAUGAUUUGAUUUACAAAAAGAUUUAGUUAAAAUCAUUAUAGCCAGAUUUAAGUUUCUUGGGUUUCUUGGAAGCCAUAGAAUCCAUCUCAGAGAAGCUUUUAAAACGAAAGGCCUCUAAUUAUACAUUGUAAAAGGCAGUGACCUAUGUUGUAAAUACGGCUUUAAAGGCCCCUUAAUAAUAGCAAAGACCUUUGACUGCGAAAAGAUGA